AUGCCCACGGAAGUCAUAGAAAUGGUUGCCGGAUUUCUUGAAUACAAAAGCCUGUGUUCUCUACGGUUGACAUGCAAACUCUUUUACGAGGGGACAUUGCAUUGUUUUGGCGCUUUUCUGGCUACUGUGUCGAUUGACUUUUCAUCCAGUAGUCUGCAGAAGCUCAAAGCUAUAUCCGACCACCAAUAUCUGAAUCGAUACGUCCAGUGCCUUUCUAUCGUUAACGAAGCUCAUGGGAAAUUAGGGCUCGAUCUACGAUGGGAUAGAGCUCCGUCCGGUUAUCUCAUUGUCCCUCAGCGCCCAGUAGAAAUACUGCGUGAUACCCUGGCACUUCUGAUCAAUUGCCGGUCCUUUGAGGUUCAUCAUGUUUAUCUGCUAGAGCAUCAGUACACCUCUAACUUCUUAGGAGGAAGCGAUGCCAUCAGGAUCCUCCUAUAUACAAUCAGCGAAACAGCAUUGCCUGUGAAGUCACUCACGUUUGAACGUGGGGUCGCGCGAGGAUGGAGAUCCGACAGUCGUAUUAAUGGGGAACGUCUGAACGUCCAGGACCUUCGGAACCCUGGCCUUCUUGCCGGACUAUCUCACCUGCAAAGUCUUACAUUAAACUACCAAAAAGAACUCGAAAGUAGCAUCGACUGGACCUGUGAACUUAUAAGAGUCGCCGCCAAUCUAGCGAGGUUAACGGCUCGGUUCAAUGGAUAUCAAUCGACACCAUUACUCUUCGAUCGUCUGAGUUCAACCACACUCCCUCCCGUACAAGAGCUUGUUCUGGAAUCUUGUGAAUUAUCCUCUCUGGAAGUGUUUAUUGCUUUUCUUCGCCAUUUCCAUUCAAGUUUGCGUAUUCUCUCUCUUACUCGCAUCAGACUAAGUACUAAUGGAUGGUUCUUGAUACUUCAAAAGCUCAGAGGGCUUUUUCCAUUCUUAUCCAGUAUCAAAUUAAACCAUCUACGUGGAGACAAGAGGCCAGAUACUCUGAUCAGUUUUCCGGAUAUACACAAGCACAAAACAAUCUCCGGGGAGGUAAAACCAGGGUUUUCUUAUUAUUACAAAACUUGGAGAGGGAAGAGAAGUUUGGUAGGCGUAAGAUACAAUGGAUCCGACAUGGGAACUGCAUUGCGAAUCGUGGCAAGCUCAGCAAGAGCUUGCUAG